AUGGCCGCUACUCUCAGCACGCACAAUGCCCUCAUCACGCCCCCGCCAGCCCUACUCUCCUCCAGCACAGUCCUCGACCGCCGACGGCAGUUGACAAUAGACGAAGCGCUCUGUGGAUGGAUAUGGGGGAUACAGGAGUAUUCGCACACUUGCCCCGGCUACGCGACCUGUUUCUUCAAUUCGCAGCGCUCGCUGCAGGUGUGUGCGUCGGACGCCGUCGACGUGGCCUACACGACGGCUUGCGUCGAGUCGACGAACCUCUCUCUAUGCGGCACGUCCUGCUGGGACGACAGAAGCACGUUGAAAUGCAGCAGCGCGUCGUAUCCCCGCUGCAUCACCAUGUCGUGGAGUUUCGGCGGCAACCCGUACUUCAACCUUGCGUGCGGAAAGACUGGCGCCUCCAACAUAUACGGCGUCGAGUUGACGUACACGGGCUUCACGAUGCCGAUCCAUCUCCCCUUCAUGGUCGACAACUACGGCGCCGUGACAGAAAACACCAUCUUCCCGAGUCCCACAGCAGCACCGCCGGAGUUCACAGAAACCGGGUGGGCAGAUCCAGGCGGCACCGUCUCGUCCACAGACGCCCGGCCAACAACCACGGCAGCGAACCCGGCAGACCAGGGAUCCUCGCCGUCAGACUUGGGAUUCAGGGAAAUCAUUGCCAUAGUCGUUCCGAUAUGCACGCUCGUGUUCGGGGCGCUGGGGUUGUGCUUUAAAUACAGCGCGUGGAAGAGGGAUCGGAGAGAUAGGUUCUCGUAUUGA